CGCUUUUUACUAGAAUUGCGCAAAGGCGGGCCUCAAGGCGAGCCUCAUAUUGCGCAAUUUUAAACCAUGAUUAAUAAUAGAAAUAAUCCUAAUAUUAAUGCCAACAUAAAAUACAUUUAGUGGGGUAGAGUGAGUGACCACCUGUGUGAGAUUAAAGAGGGGUCAGGUGAGGAGAGAGGGCUGUAGGUGGAUUUAAAAAGGUAGAGAUCGGAUAGGUCUUGUAUAGAACAAGUCGAAUGGAUAGGAGGGAUCGGUCGACUUCAGGUAUGAAAGGGAGAUUUGGUGAGGAGCUCGGGGUUGGCUUCGGCUUGGUGGAGAUCGAGGAUAUAGAAGACUUCGGUUAAGAGGUCUCGUGGCUUCGUGAGUCUUGCGGCAGGAGCUAGUGCAGGAGUUUAGCAAGAUGGAUCUGGAGUUAGAUGGAGGCCAGCUGCUUGUGGUUUUGGAGGUCGCAGGAACCUAUGGAGACCGGGCCUUGAUCGACAAGGACAGAGAUGGAUCUUGGCUAGGUUAGAGAAAAAACUCUCUCUCUCUCUCUUUCUCUCUCUGGAUCAGUGGCUGGAUGAUGAAGAGGGGGUCGGUGGCCUUAAGGUUUUCGGUUUGGAAAAAUAGGGCUGGGGGAGGUAGAAAUCGGAAGAGAGAUUGGAGUCAAAGAGCUGCUGGAGUCGUGGCUAUGGGAGAGGUCUUGCGAGCUCGGAGGUAUGGUUGCUGGUUUGAGGUCAGGAUGCAGGGUUGGGUCCGGCUAGAAGAUCAGAUGGGAAGAAGGGUGUGGAAUUUUGAAUGGGAAGUUUGAGUUUGUUGCUGGAGUUGGAUGAAAGGGAGGAGGGAGGUCGUAUUAUGCUCGGGUGUAGGCCGACUGGGGUAGAGGUCGACGGGAUCAAAGCGAGAAGAAGCCGAAACGAAGCCCCUCUCUUCGUCUUCAUUUUAUUGACUCGAGCGGAUGUGUAAUCGGGGCAAGCUCACGAGAUAUACGGGAAGAGACGCACUCGCAGCAGGAUUUACGGGAUUCCCUCGACGAAACGAGGUAUAUGAGCAGGAUUUCGGGGAUUCGACAGAGCUAAGGUAUGAUUUCUUUUUUUUUUUUUAAUUUCCUUUGGGUAUUAUACAGAGGUCAACAUUAGCAUAAUUCCUGAAUUGCAUUAUUGAUAUGAACCAAGCUACUAAACAGCCGUUGCAGAAGCUACGAGCAUCAGUAGAUGGUUUCACUGACUUUUUCAUACUAAGAAAAGCCCAAAUGUUCAACUCUAAAUGACAAUAAAUAGCUUACUUCCACUGGAAAUAUUUUAGUUGCAUAUUUGACAUUUUAAUUUUGAACAUUUGUUGAGACGCACUCCUUUUCUUUUCGUUAUUCAGCUGGUUCUUAUGAGUAUCCCCUUCUGGUUACUAGCAUACUAUCCCUUCUUAUAUUGUCCAGAACAAUCUAAUUAAAAUUUCUGCUACUAAGGAAAAUUUUUUCUUUCUGCUUGAAUUCCUUUUCUCGUUUUGACAAAAAAAUUGUGGACUAGUUAAUUAUUUAUUGGAUUAAAUAUUCAACUUCUCUUACUGAAAUUCUUACGUUACAGUUGCAAGGAAAUAUGCUUAUAUAUGAUAGAGUCCAUGUGGAACACAGCUCAAAAAGCAUUUCUUGGCGUGCUUUAAUGCUGUGUGUCAAAUACCUUGUCCUUGGAACAGAGUCAGUAUCAAUUAUGGCACGCAGGAACUCCUAUAUGCCACCCACGCCUGAAUCUCAUCCCUUCCAUCUAUAUAAUCCUCAAAAUCAUAAUCCUGGCAGGCAUUUAGCAGAAAGAACAAUGCUGGCACCUACUGAAAAUACGGUGUUUAAUCAUAGCAUGAGGCUUCCGAAUCCCCGUCCUGCUAAUUCUGGAGUAUUUCAUGGCCAAUAUCAUUGCCCUAUAUCAGCUGCUAGUUCUAGCCAAUGUUUGCCGUAUCCUACUCAAUGUGCGCCUUACUGUUAUGAUCAACACGCUUAUGUGAAUGGCGCUAACAUGUUUGAUCCUAAGGAAGAAAAUGUUAGGGUUGCAUUUAAAAGAAAACACCCAAGUACACACCCAGCCUAUCAGAAUGACCUUGGAUAUUGCUUUACUGGGGGUAAUUUUCAGCUGAAGCCAGUACCAGGAUGCCGUAGGCCUCAAUCAUCCACUAGCGUUGCUAUUCGUUACCCCAGCGAUACUUUCUUGUUGGCUGGUGAACAACAUCAGAGGAAUGUGAGAAGCAGGCAUGAUGAUGCUUCUUUUAGCCUAUCCUGGCCAUCUUCAUCAAGCAACCCACCCCAUCAAUCACACACAUCUGUGAAUAAUUCCUCUUUCAAUGUAGUUGGGCAAUGCGGUCUUCCACGGCUACCUAGAACUCAUGCUCAUUUGAUUCAUCCCACUGUUGCAGAUGCGGGUUUCUCCAGUUCUGUUAUGAAUCCUUCUGUUUCUGCAAAUGUUAUUACUGGCGGCAGCACAAACAAUCAUGACGCUUGCUACUCAGAACAAUGGAGGAAUUUAUAUUCUGUAUUACCCACAUCCCAUGCUUCUGCGCCUAGAGGGACAGUGGCUGGUCCUAGCAGAUACAAUCACAGACAAACUUCUGCUGCUGCUUAUAAGGAUUCUGUGUCUUUUGUAGCUGGAUCUGUCGCAUUUCGUCCAAAUCCAAGCCCGUUUAUUCGCAACGGAGGCCUAAGAAUCUCUAAUGAAGCCCAACCUUUGUUCAAUGAGGAGAAUGGACGUGUUAGAUGGACAUCUCAGGAUUCAGCAAUGUUCAAUGUGCCAAGCUAUUUCAAUCCUCCAGAUUUGCUCGAUGAGCAUAGGGACCUGAGGCUAGACAUUGACGACAUGAGCUAUGAGGAGCUUCUUGAUUUACAAGAUAGCAUUGGAAAUGUUAAUACUGGGUUAUCAGAAGACCAACUCUCCGUAUGCCUAACAAAAACAAUGUACUGCUCAACUCGGGCUUUAGAGGAUCAGCUUGAAUCUAGCUGCUCAAUAUGCUUGGAAGAAUACAGGGAUGAGGAUAAUCUUGGAAUGAUGAAGUGCCUUCAUGUUUAUCAUUUUGACUGCAUCAAUGACUGGUUAAGCAAAAAGAAUGCCUGUCCUAUUUGUAAAGCUCCAGCACUGGAAGAUAUGCCCUGAAGCAGAACUGAAGGUUACUUUCUGAUUUGGAUGGCUCAAAGAGCUUAUUUAGACGUUUGAUUUUGCAAAAUUUAAAUCUGCUUUUGCUUAUUGUAAAUAAGUUGGUUAACUAGUAUGAUGUUGCAAGAAUUUGGUUUAGGCAUUUAACAUUUGUUUCAGUUGCAUUGUUUAUAAUCUCUUAUGGUAUAGUUCAAUGCUUAAUGAUUUUAUUUUCAUUGAAA